AUGUCUCCCCCACUACGCUUCACGGAUCUAGGUGUCCACUUCACAUGCACCGUGGAUGACCUGAGCGGUACCUGGUCCAAGAUAAGACCUUACCUGGAGGCACGGCUCCCACUGCGGCAUGCCCAGUUUCGCAACAGCCUUGGUGUCUCGUCCACCCUCGACGAGCUGCAUCUGAGAUACGUCAAUACCGGCGAUGCCUAUGUGCAGCGCCUGCGCCAGCUGUCCUACAGCCCGGUCACGUGGUUCCGCAACCCCUUCUGCCAGCUUGUGCUCUUCUCCUGCGAGGACGUGGAGGAGUAUAAGCGCCUGCACCGGCCCCAGAUCCGAGCUAUCGCCGACCCUGAAGCCCGCACAGCUGUGGCGCCAGAGCUGGUGAUUGCCUACGUCGCCCCCGCCGCGGCGGACUCGAGGGCUACAGCCAAGGCACGAGGGGCCUGGGGGAACUUAUUUGACAGGCUCUGGACUGUGUAUUUUGGGAUGCAUGAAGGGUACCUGCACUACCAAUGGGUAUACGACACCAUGCGCCGGGAUUUUGCGUACAAGCGGCGGGAUCGGUGCGUCCGGCUGGAUCCGCCCCCCUCCACCGCCCCAGGGCCUGUGAUGGGCACCCCCCGAGGGUCCAUCGCUGGGCUGGAGAUCCUGGAGUACCUGGUUCGCGAGGCCGUGAUGCUCACCUUCGAGGCCCGCACUGGAGCCUACCAGGAGGAGAUCCGGAGGCACAUGAGCAAUCGGCUGGAGGUGGGGUGGACCUUCACCCCCCUCUUCCUCAUCAAGGACUCCCUGGCGGUCAUGCUGGAGGCCGCAGGAAUGUACGAGGAUGCGCUGCGGGAGUAUGCCGAGCUGGAUGUCUGCCAUGCGGACACCGCAGCGCAGGCGCAGGCCUGGCAGCAGCAAGCGGCGACGCCGCUCCCCCCCGACCCGGAGGGCCCCUCGGCUGCUCCGCCCGACGAGGUGGGCCCCAUGUGGAUGCCCUGGCCCGGCAUCCGCCGCACGGCGCUGGCCCUGCCGCAGGUCCCGGACUUUGUCAUGCGCCAAUUCCUCUUCGCCAGCCAGGCCAGGAUCCUGCUCAAGCUGCGCCGAUGGACGGAGGGCUUCGGGGGCCUCACAGGCACACCCAUCUACGAGAAGCUGAACGCCCACCCGAGCCGCCCCAUCUCCGCCGAAUUCAUGACUCAAACGGCGCAGUCCGUCAUCGACUUUGUUACCCCUCUGGUCAACGCCACCAACCUCCAGGAAAUCGCGGGUGCGGCCCUGCCCAUGAGCGCCGAAGCCAUCAUGGAGAGCUUUGAUUGGUUAUUACGUGGGGGGCCCGGCCAGUCGCAGCCGCCGCACAGGGCUUCGGGGGACGCGCCGGCGGCCCCGGCCCUCCACGUGGCCCUGGGCAGCGUGUUUGCGGCCGCCCGAGCCGAGCUGGACCGCGUGGCGGCGGGACGCCAGGCGGUGGAUGGGGACCGCGCUGGAGUGGGCGAGGGCCUGACGCGGCUGCUCGACUCGGUCGACAGGUCUGACCCCCUGCGCAACUGGGAGGGGGUGUCGGCCCGCUUCGCCGCCCUGCCGGCGGAGGGCGGCAGGCCGCCGACGCCGCGUCGGCUGCACCCCGCCCCGGACACGGCGUCCCAGGACGGCGAGGAGUCGCUGGACGCCGUGGAUCUCGACGCCCGCGCCCCCAGCGCGCGCAGCGUGACGCCCCGGGCGCAGGGCGAGGAGGGGGAGGGAGCGACUGCGUCACAGGGCUACGGCGAGGCGGGCGAGAUCGUGCCCGCGCCCCAUGCGGUCACAGAGGCCGGGUCGCGCGAUCCGGGCAGCCUGGUGGCCCUCGUCGCGCACAGCCGCCACAUCAGCACGACGUCCUUGGAGAGCGCCAGCGCCAGCGGCGAUGACCGCCAGGCGGGGGACGCCGGGGUCGGAGUGGCCUCGGCCCACUUCAGGCGCCGCUCGGCCGUGGACACCAGCGCUGCCGAGGCGGUGGUGUCGCGCCCGGGGUCGCAUACCCGCGCCCACGGCCCCGGCACGCCGCCGCUGCCGGGGCCUGGCCAGGGCAUCACCGCACGCACGCACAGCGCGCCGCCCACGACGGCGCCCACGGUGUCCGACUACCUGGACCCUCGCUUCGUGGAGCAGCAGCGCGGGAGCGCCGCGGUGCGCCGGGCGGUCGCGUCCCUGCCCGCCGGCUUCGCCGCAGCCCCCCUGACCGCCGGGGCGGCGGACCCAGACCCGGCCGCCUCCCUGCGCCUGCCCAGUGCCAGCCUCGUCCCGCCGACCGAGCCACGGCUGCGACCCCUGUGUGGCGGGGCCAUUGUGGUGCACGCCGGCGCCGGGGAGCGUGGCGGGGGCGCCGCGGCGACGUUGCCAGAGGUCGAUCUCGCGGGCACGGAGUCCGCCGACCCGCAGGCGCCGGCCCCGCACGCGAGCCUGCAGCUGCCCGACGGCUUCCUGCGCGCCGCGCAGACGGACGGGGCCGCCUCGCUCUGGUGGUGGGCGGACGACUGCGCGCGGAGCGCCGUGGCGAGCUGUGCGCUGCGCGUGGCGCCGCCCUUCGAGGUGGAAUGGAGCGCGCGCGAGGUCCCCGGGCGACGGGAGGAGGGCGGCCGCCUGCUGCUCGGCGCCGCGCUGCGCUGUGCCGCAGGGAACGCCGUGGAGGUCACCGGCCUGGCGCUGAGCCCCCAGCCGGGGGCGCGCCUGGAGGAGGGGUGCGAGGAAGAGGCGGGGGACCUGGAGACGGGAGACAGGGAGGCGCAGGGUGACCGAGCAGGGGUCCGGGCGCGGCUGGAGCACGGGCAGACCCUGCACUGCAGCUGGCUGCUGCGGCUGGACCCCGGCGAGGGCGGGCGCGCAGGGUUGGCGGCACGCCUGCGCCAGGCCGCGCGUGCCCGGCCCUGCGAGCUGGCCGCGGUGCGGGCUCUGCUGCCGGGAGACGAUGGUGAGGCGUGUGUGGCGCUGGACGCCGGCGACGGGGAGGUGCAGGCGUGCACCUUCCGUCACGCCUGCACGCUGGAGCUGGCCCCCUCCGAGCAUGCCAGCCCGGGCGCCACGAUCCAGUCGCGGCUGCUGGGCCCGAUGUCGGCCUGCGUCGGCCAGCCCCUCACCCUGUGCUGGCGGCUGGAGCGGGGCCCCGGGGCUGCAGACGGCAAAGACUCCGUGCUGCACUACGAGGUCGCCGCGCAGGGCCCAGGCUGGUCGCCAGGGUCAGCGCGGAGCGGGAGCGUGCGCUUGGGCGGCCGCCCCGGGUCGAUAGCGACAGUGGAGGCCGGCUGGGUGCCCCUCCUCCCGGGCAGCUUUGCUGCACCGCGGCUGACGAUUCAGGGCGUGCACUGCCAGGUAAGGGAUGUCCUGCAGCGCCUGGAGGCCCGCAUCGGCAACUUCAGCAGCAGGCCAUUGGUGCGGCGCUGUCGGGAACAGGACCUGGGGUCUCGGAAUGCAACAUUGUCCUCCAUAGUCCAUGCACGAGAAGGUCGGUGUGCCUCAUCCUCUCCUGGACUGCACAAUGACACCUUCACAUCACAGGUGCCUGCCCCUAGACCAUUGGUGCUCGUCGUUAGUGGACCCAGUGGGGUCGGCAAGGAUGCAGUGCUCAACACAUUCCAGAAGGCCAACCCAGACCUCCAUUUCAUUGUCACAGCCACCACGAGGAAGCCUCGCCCUGGCGAGGUGGACGGUGUGGACUAUCACUUUGUGUCCGAGGCGCAGUUUGAGACCUGGAUCAAGGAGGGCCAACUGCUGGAACAUGCGCUCGAGAGUCUCGUCAAGCGAGUCCAGACUGCCAAGGCCGAGCUCGAGCGUGCACAAGAGUUCGAUUAUGUGGUGGUUAACGCCGAUGGGGCAAUGGAGAGGACGGUGGCGCACAUACAGGCCAUCCUUGAGGCAGAGAAGGCAAAAGUACGGCCACACACCAAAUGA